AUCUUACGAGGUGGGAAUCUGGAGCGCUGCUUCCAAGCCAUGCGCCAGUUGGAGAGGAUUAUUUUCAGGGUCCACUGGCGCGUUGAGGGGAUCUUCCAGUUCUUUGAUCUUCUUGCCUUUUCAGGUGCUUUCUCAUUAGGCUUGGUCCCCGCGUGCGGAGAUGCGGUGUCUAGGACACUCCGAUGGAUGUGAAUGGUUGGAGGAGGGUUCCAGAAGUCCCGGCAGUGCUUCUGGUGGUACACUUGCCGUAUUUUGGAUCCUAGGUUUAGGUCCCGCUCGACAUUCAAGUAUGAUGCAAUGCUUGGGUGUGUUUUCUUCUCUUCGCUUCCGCCUUCUUUAUCAUCGCACACCCAAUUUUGGGUUGCACGAAGUGGAGUACUUCCACUGACAAUGGAUAUUGUGUCGAUGAAUAGAAGCGAGGUGGUGGCUGGGACGGGAAAGAUGGGUUGAGUCGGUCCACUUGCGAUAAAAUCUUCGCAGUCCACAUGAAGGAUUCAGCAAGUACUCACGACUCCGUAGUUCAUGCAGCAAUUCGAAAGCAGCAAGUAAA